UACUGAUCGAACUAAGCACAAUUACCAUAACAAAUAAAAUUUCUCUGCACAUGAGUGCGCAACAUCUAUUCUUUCUGCUGAUCUCAAGGUCACACCUUUUUUAGUAAUUUUCUCUGCAAGUGAUAUAUAUCAACCAUAAAAGGAGAUAUGGAUGAACACAUUUUGAAGAAAUGCUUGAUUGGAUUGAUCUCCGUUUCUUUGUUAGGCUCCGUUAUAACGGGAAGUGAAACGGUUUUCAAAGUAGUAUUGUCGGUUCUCGUUGUGUUCGCUCCAUUUGCAGUCGCUUGGUAUAUGAACAACACAGCUGAAAUUCGACGACUCCGUGAAAGGAUCCAAGAUUACCGACCUGGUAAUUGGACGAUCAGAGAUGCAGGGUCUAGCUUCGAAAAACCAUCCAAGGUUAAACUAGGUGUCUUCGGAGUGCAAGACUCAGGCAAGAGUGCCUUUCUCAACUCUCUUCACUUUGCCUACAAAGGUGUAUGGGAGCAGAUCUACAUCGAGAGCAAUACGUUAGGGCAAGGAGGGGAGACUUUAUUCCGAGACCCUGUUAUACUUACCGAUCAGGUUACAACUUUCGAUACACGUGGACUAUCGGAUUUGGGUUAUUACAAAGUUCGGGAUGUAAUGGAUGAAAUCACUGGAAAGCGAGGAAUCGACCCUCGUUCUUGGACAGCUGGAGAAAGGAUCGACUGUCCCAUCUUUAUCCUUAAAUACAACUCAGCUACUGGAAUACAGCAUUGUCGUGAAUUCAUAUCGUCACUUGUACCAAAAAUCAGGCAAGAGUUCGGCUCGUAUCCGAUCAUGGUUGUGACCUUCGCUAACAGCAUCUUGAACCAGAAAGAGAUCGUUGGCGACAUCACCGGAGCUGGUAUGGAGAAGAACAGUCUAUUCUUCAUUGAGAACUACACAGCUUUGAACCACGAGAUGGAUUCUAAGAAACACAUUGCUCUUCUCAAGAUCCUGGAAGCCUGUAUCAAGAGAGCCGAUGAUAACAUCACGUUCCACUGGCGAAAAGAGAAGGAGCCACCGCCCAAACGGAAAUGUGAGAUAAUGUAG